GUAUUUGGUGAUCUGUCAUCACCUUGAUUUCCUUCCUCUUGUUUGAUGGAGAGGGGUUUGACAGUGAUUAGUCACCUGAGACAUUGCUCAACUUCCCAUGCUAUAAGCAUAUAUAAGACAUCCCCUGGCCACACACCACACAAACAAGAAACUCUCAAGGAAGAAGCAUCAUGAAGACUUUCAAUCUGUGCUUACUACUAGUCAACCUGGCAAUAGUGGUUUACUCUUUGCCAAUAUCGCCACCUACUGAAGAAGAUGAAGCCCUUGCCGAGGUAUGCUUUUUGUCAAAUAUUUUGGAAGGAAGGUCUUUACGGGUUUUACAACUGAAAAUAUUAUGAUGGAACAGAUGUGUUCAUGUAACUUCAUAUGGCUCAGUCAGGUUGAAUGUGUUAUAUUACAUUCAUAACACUGUAGUAAAUGGUACUAUCAUUAGAAGAUCAUGCUUGUUGUGUUUUCUGUAGACGUACCUGAAGAAGUUUUUUAACCUGACGGAGGAGACGGGUCCAAUGUUCAGACGGGGGCCCAGCCAGCGGAGCAGGAAAGUCAGCGAGAUGCAGAGGUUCUUUGGCCUCAAGGUGACAGGAACCUUGGACGCUGAGACCGUAAAGAUGAUGAAGAAGCCACGCUGCGGGUUACCUGACGUCCAACUCGGCCGAUUCACCACCUUCGAUAACCUUAAGUGGCCGACAAACCAGCUUACCUACAGAAUUGAGAACUACACUCCUGACAUGUCUGUGGCUGAGGUGGACAACUCCAUAGAGAGAGCACUACAGGUGUGGGCCAAGGUCUCCCCCCUAAGGUUCACCCGUAUCUACCACGGCACCGCUGACAUCAUGAUCUCCUUCGGCAACAAAAAUCAUGGUGAUUUCUACCCCUUCGAUGGCCCUGAAGGCACCCUGGCCCAUGCCUUCUCCCCCGGCGCUGACAUUGGAGGAGAUGCUCAUUUUGAUGAAGACGAGGACUUCACCUUCAGCUCAACCAGAGGGUACAACCUGUUCUUGGUGGCUGCCCAUGAGUUUGGCCAUUCCCUGGGUCUCAGCCACUCCAACGACCCUGGAGCGCUGAUGUUCCCAGUGUACAGCUACACAGAUCCCAGCACCUUCUCUCUACCUCGUGAUGAUGUCACCGGUAUCCAGUACAUAUACGGCCCAAACCCAGAUGUUAACCCCAACCCUGAUAAGCCCGACCCUACACCUGCUUCCACCCCUGAUGCCUGUGACCCUACCCUGGUCCUGGAUGCUGUCACCACUCUGCGUGGGGAGAAGAUGUUCUUCAAGGGCAGGUUCUUCUGGCGUAUUUACCCUCAGAGCAGCAAACCACAUCAGAACCUCAUCAAGAAUUUCUGGCCUGAACUCCCUGACAACAUCAAUGCUGCUUAUGAGAGCCAGCUAUCUGACAGAGUGUUCCUCUUUAAAGAUCGUCAGGUCUGGGCUCUCUAUGGCUAUAACAUCGCCCCCGGCUAUCCCAGAAACCUGAAGAGCUUGGGUCUGCCCAGGACUGUGGAGAAAGUUGACGCCGCCCUGUACGAUGAACAUUCUCGCAAGACCUUGUUCUUUGUUGGCGACAACUACUACAGUUACGAUGAGGAAAUGAAAAGCAUGGACAGAGGUUUCCCCAAGCGUGUGGAUGAACAGUUCCCAGGCAUGACAAGCAAAGUGACUGCAGCCUUCCAAGUCCGAGGCUUCACCUACCUCUAUAGUGGCCCCUACGUGUUUGAAUACAGCAUGAGGACCAGAAGACAGUUCCGCGUGCUAGGAAACAACUACUUCCUGCCUUCGCGGGUCCAGCCGCAGGACGACGCCGACCAGAGGGACGACCCUGACGACAAGGAGCGGGCCGGUCCAGGCGGCGAAGGUAGUGGGUGCGGGCUCCCUCUCCAGAGCCUGGCGGAUGUCCGCAUCUACAUCCCAGACCACAGCAGCUACAACUCGGGAGGAUGGGAUUAUAGGAGCAUUAUGGACAGGACCCUCUCCCGAAUCAGCUUGGCGCAGAUUCAGCCUCCUCGCUGUCCGUAUGUACUCCAGGUUUCGAUGGCUGGAUUUACCGUGUAUGAGCUGGACUGUUUUGGACUUACCUGUUGGCGUUUGGACCUGGACAUACCGAGAACCCGAUUCGUGUACCGAACCCUGCUAUCCUUGACCUUGCCUACGACCUGGGUGGACCAUGACGGAGAAACAAACACACAGGCCUAUCUAUCCCAGUUUUACUCGGUUGCUGGCUCCACCAACUCCAUCAUGUCCAGGCGAGUGAUGAUGGACACCCCAGUGGACUCAUUUGAGAGAGACCUGAGGAGCAUGCAGGACUUCUUUGGGCUGGAGGUGACAGGCAGGCUGGACUCGAACACCCUGGAGGUGAUGGCCAAGCCCCGAUGUGGGGUCACAGACGUGUCCCGCUACGGACACUUCCAGGGCAAGCCCCACUGGAAGCAGAGCAUCGUCACUUACAGAAUUACUAAGUACACGCAUGACCUGAGUCGGCGUGAGGUGGACUCCACCAUCGCCCAGGCCUUCAAGCUCUACAGCGACGUCAUCCCACUGGACUUCAAGCAGAUCUACAGUGACACCGCUGACAUCAUGAUCCUGUUUGGAGCCAAAUACCACGGUGACUUCUACCCCUUCGAUGGGCCGAAUGGUGUCUUGGCCCAUGCAAACUCUCCAGGAGAAGGCGAAGGUGGUGACACACACUUUGAUGAAGAUGAGUCUUGGACUCUGAGCCAGAGAGGGAUAAACCUGCUUCUGGUGGCGGCCCAUGAGUUUGGCCAUGCUCUUGGAUUGGACCACUCACGAGACAGCUCAGCUCUGAUGUACCCCACAUAUCACUUUGUGAACACAAAAGGAUACAGGUUACCUGCAGACGACAGACGGGGAGUACAGGCCUUGUACGGUGUCCGGACAACACCAGGUCAGCCGGAACCAACAAGACCCAAGCCUAAACCAAAGCCCAACCCAGAACCUAAGCCUGAUCCUAAACCCAAGCCUAGACCUGAACCCAGACCAAACCCUCCAGAAAGAUGCAACAGGAACCUUGUCUUUGAUGCUGCCAGUACCAUUCGGAGUGAGCUGUACUUCUUCAAAGAUGGGUAUUACUGGAAGAAGAGUGGCUAUUGGAAUGGAGUAAUGACGAAGACAGUGAAGGGAACCUGGCCUAGCAUUAGCCAUGUUGAUGCUGCAUAUGAAUACAAGGGUCGAGACAUCGCCUUACUAUUUGAAGGAAGAAGGUACUGGGGCACAAGAGGCCUUACCGUCCUAUCAGGUUAUCCCAAAUCCAUCUACAACUUUGGCUUCCCCUCAUACGUAACCAAGAUAGACUCUGCAGUUCAUGUGGCAUCCACAGGGAAAACCCUAUUCUUUGUGAGAAACAAAUACUGGAGCUUCAAUGAAAGGACGAGCACAAUGGACCAUGGCUACCCCAGAAGAAUCUCCCAGGAUUUUCAUGGUAUUGGCAGGAAAGUUGAUGCUGCUUUUGAAAACCAUGGUUACCUGUACUUUUCAGAUGGCCCCAGGCAAACCGAAUACCACUAUCCAUCAAAGAGGGUGAACCGUGUCUUGUUGAACUAUGGAUGGCUAGACUGCUACUAAAAAGAGAAUCAUUAAUAAUUUUCAGCUGUACAAAGUAUUUAUGUUGUCAUCAAGAGCUGUAUCUACACCCAAUUAGCAACAUAGUAUUUUUCUAGAUAUAUGCACUUUCAAAGAUGACUUUACUGAUACCAGUUUUGGAACAAGUGUUCAAUUUUAUCAGAGAACAUUAUCAUGACGAGACCCAGAUGCAGAAAGAGGAGGCAGAUGGUUGGAGUCUUACAAUGUUUAAUAAUCCAAAAGGUGUAGGCAAGAGAAUGGUUGUGGACAGGCAAAAGGUCAAAACCAGGAGUCCAGGAGGUACAGAGUGGCAGAAAGGCUCGUGGUCAAGGCAGGCAGAAUGGUCCGGUAGGCAGAUACAGAGUCUAGAACAGGCAAGGGUCAAAAGCAGGAGGACUAGAAAAAAGAUAAUCGCAAAGGCAGGCGUACAGUGAAAAAAACACUGGUUGACUUGGAACAUACAAGAUGAACUGGCACAGAAAACACAGGGAUAAAUACAUUGGGGAAAACAAGCGACACCUGGAGGGGGUGGAGACAAUAAUGCGGACAGGUGAAACUGAUCAGGGUGUGACAACAUGUCUGAUUUUAUUGAAAUAUGUUAAAUAUUUUUCUACAACUUGUGAGUGCAUGGAGUUUAUUGAGGAAUAUGUGACAGACCUGAUGUUGCACACAAAAACUGUCUAUUUCAUAUAGUCAUAGUGCAUUUGCUAUGAACAAUUGUUAUGGGAAAUUACUAUCCUUCUUUGCGGAGGAUUUGAAUGGGUGAGGGACGCCUAGAUAUAGAACACCCCACUUUUUACAUGACUUAAAAUAUGUCACUACGUCAUUAAAACUAUCAUGUAUUUUUUACUGAAAAGAUACUGUUGUAAACAAGUAGAUGUUUUUAGUUUUCUUCUAUGCCUUCAGGCAGGGAAUCUACACCAGUUUGAAACUAGAAAGUUUGAGCUAGUUUAUUAGCACUGGUCCUAAGUAAAAUGGUGGACGCAUUCAAACUAGAAUUUCUGUCUAUGGCGCUUCCUCACUCUCCAACCCAUAGAAAUAUAAUACAUGUGCUUGACUUGUGGAGCAAACUGACAUGAAUAGAACAUUUAGCAACUCUUCAUUGCUUCUUUAUUGUUGUUAAACCAACAAGUUUAGUCCAAUUGGCCCUUGGCCUUCCUAAGGGUCUUUACUGACUGACCUAUGAAGGAGAAUUUUAUAUGUUUUCAAAAUGAGACCAAUCGCAAUAUUGCCAAUCUAUUGGUCAGUUCAAAAACCCAUUGCCCAGAUUUUUGUAACAUCCUUCAUGUGUCUGUUGUAAACCCUGAUGGGGGCCCAAAGGUGUUGAUAGCCUAACAAUGAAGAAAACUAUUUUAUCUAGGCCCUACUUCCACUGUUUUCGAGUUGCUGAAUUUUCCUCACUGUUGUCUAUGGUUGGGAAGAACUUUUGAUAGCUUUUGAUAAACACUCUGAUGAGGGUUGUAACUCUUUGAGCUGAGUGGCAGGUUCAAAAUCAUCUCUCUCGGGGGGCCAAGGAGCUGUGACUUGUCCAUAACUCUGCACGGAUCAUUCAGGGCACCUGUUUUGAUCCCCACCUGGUUAGCUAAAAAAAGACAAAUUAUAAUAAUAUUUUUUGUUGUUGCCUGUUUUGCAUGUUAUUUUAUACAUGUGUCACAUCGGUUUGCAAACAAUAAAGCCGCAUACAAACAUG